UCUUCAGGGCAUUUCUUUCUACUGAUAGAGGUAGUUAAUUUGAUUUUCCUCUGUAUUAUAAUAGACUUGACUAUGUCAGUGGUCACUUGCAAAAUACUGAAGUUUUUUUGUCUCCAAUUAUAAAUAAUUAUUUCCAAACUUGUAAAAAUUAAAUUGCUGUUGUCUUCCCUGGUUAUCUCUCUGGCUAGAAGGAGAUAUAGUAGCACUAUUUGAAAUUUGAUAUUCUCACAUGUUCUUCAGACAGAAGAGCCAGCAGUCACGGAAAUGACAUGAAGUUUUUUCCCACAUUUUUAUGCCUUAAGAACAGGAAAUAAAGAAACAAAGAGGAUUCUCAGAGUAGAGCUCUGAGUCACAAUGUACUCCACUCUGGCCACAGAAUAUGGUUACUGAAGGGACAGAACCCAAGGAGAAUAAUGUUUUAUUUGGGAUGGAUAUUUCUUUGUCUUGUCACAGGAGAGAGAAUUAAAGAAUUUAAUAUUUCAGGUUGCUCCACCAAAAAAUUUCUUUGGACAUAUUCCGCAAAGAGUGAGGAGGAAUUUGUCUUAUUUUGUGACUUACCAGACCCACAGAAAUCCUACUUCUACCACAGAAGUUCACUCACAACAACCCAAGGCCCUGAACGCCUGCCUUGCAGUGAUAGUAAGGACUUAUCUGAGGUCCAGUGGUACCUACAACCUCAAAAUGGAGAUACAUUAAGGGAAAUUACUAAAAACUAUUCUCACAUCAUCAUGGACAACAUUACCCUACGUUUUUUGAUGAUGAAUAUCAACAAUGCUGGGUCAUAUAUUUGUAGACCCAGGAUUAGGAGCCCCCAGGAUGAGGCCUGUUGUGUUAAGAUGGUCUUAGAAGUUAAGUCCAAGACAAACAUGUCCUGUGUGAACUCUGUACCACAUAAGCAAUACCUUCUUCUUGGUAGUACUGACUCCAUAUAUUGCCCUAGUCUUGGCUGCCAAAAGGAUGCACAGAGUCCAGAGAUGACCUGGUACCAGGGCAUGUACACAUGUGAUUAUAGUCAGUCGGAUAAUGAAAGUUCAUGGACAGUCAGAGCUGUCGUUCAAGUGAAAACCAUUGUGAAGGACACAACUCUCAAACCAGAUAUUCUAGAACCUGUCAAGGACAUCCUGGAAGUAGAACUUGGAAAGUCUUUGACUCUUUACUGCACAGCAAGAUUUGGCUUUGAAAAGGACUUUAAACCUGUGAUAAGAUGGUACAGCAAAGAUGCUGACCAGGAGCUGGAAAUCCCAACAACUGAGGUGAGAAGUGUUAAAGCCACUUUUGAAGAUGAAAUCAUCAAAUGUGUUGUCCACUUAAAAGAAAUUACUCAGAGUGAUCUUUACAAAACAUUCAUUUGCUUUGCCCAGAAUUCCAUUGGGAACACUACUCAAUCUAUCCAACUGAAGGAAAAGAAAAGAGUGGUGUUCCUGUACAUCCUACUUGGUAUCAUCAUGACCCUAGUAGGCAUGUUGACAGCAACUGCCCUCCUCUUCAUGUACUGGAUUGAAAUAGUGCUGCUGUACCGAACCUACCAGAACAAGGAUGAGACACUGAGGGAUAAAAAGGAAUUUGAUGCUUUCAUUUCUUAUGCAAAAUGGAGCCCUUUUGAGAGUGAAACCACUUCAUCUGUGAAUGAGGAAAACUUGGCCCUGAAUCUAUUCCCUGAAGUUUUGGAAAACAAAUAUGGAUACACCUUGUGUUUGUUUGAAAGAGAUGUGACCCCAGGAGGAGUGUAUGCAGAAGACAUUGUAAGCAUUAUUAAGAAAAGUAGAAGAGGAAUAUUUAUCUUAAGCCCCAACUAUGUCAAUGGACCCAGUGUCUUUGAACUACAAGCAGCAGUGAAUCUUGCCUUGGAUGACCAAACACUGAAACUCAUUUUAAUUAAGUUCUGUUCCUUCCAAGAGCCAGAGUCUCUACCUCAUCUUGUGAGAAAAGCUCUCCGGGUUUUGCCCACAGUCACUUGGAGAGGCUUAAAAUCAGUGCCUCCCAAUUCUAGGUUCUGGACUCAAAUGCGCUACCACAUGCCUGUGAAAAACUCUAAAGGAUUCACACGGAACUAUCUCAGAAAUAUCUCAAGAACUUUUUUUACUAGUAAAACUCAGUAAAAAACAGAAACCACUAGGAGGAGCUCCCAGCCCAGGGAAUGGGGAGCUGGGCCCUAAACCACCUCCAUGCAGUCCUGGAGAGCAGAGAUGUUAAUGGACAGAACAUAGAGCAUGGAUUUGGCUGAUCUAAAAUAGAAGGUGUUUUGCCAGCCCUGAGUGAGUGCGACAAGCACUGGGAUGACACUGAAGAUGUGGUUAGGGCCUCGGAUUUUCUCGACUGGACCGGCAUUCUCACACAUUCAGCAUGUACCUUUCUAAGACUUUCUUAGUGGUUAACAGAAUCAGCAGAUGUAUUCACUUUUACUUUGUGGCUAUAGACUAUCAUGUCUGCUAUGUAUU